CUGGUACAUGGUACCGCCAUCGCGAGUGCGCGAGCUCCUAUCAGAAAUUCUCUGCGCCGCCCUUGGAGGCAAAAAACGGUCGCACGCGCCUGCCCGUGAGCAAUCUCCCAACUCAUCUCUGGUACUGUCUCUCUUCUAGCGGGAUUACUCGGAAUUACAUACUUUUCAUAAACAUGCAUUUUUCUUUCAAACAUGACAAUCUAUAAUCAUUUGCUUUCUUUGUUCAUGACUGAAAGAACAAUCUUCAAUUAUUGACAAAUCAGUGAAACACGUGUUUGCACAUGUUUUACGGAAGUGUCAUGACACUGGAUGAGAGAAAUGGGUUAUGUGGACAUUAUUCAUUGGCACGGCUUUUUCAUGUUCGAAAAAGUAGUAUUACUUUUUAAUAGCAAGUAACUUAACUAGUAUUCUGAUAUUUUGACUUGUGAUUCUAUACUCAAAAUGUCGGAAUUAAUUUCGGGAACUUGUCUAACAAUGUGCCCCGAGAAAGAACGUUGGAUGAGAGAAAGAGAAGGUUUACUACAUAUUCUUGAAAUUGACGAAAGUACAAAACAUCGCAAACGACCAGCAGCAGAUCCAACAAAAACAGUGAAAUGUUUUGCCAGGCCAGCUGCGGGUCAAACGAUGCCCGACUUGAGCGAAUUACGACCUGGCCCAGUACUCGGCUUAACUAUCCGAUUCUUGUUUAAACAGGUACUCACUCGUUCAGAUAUUAAUUGGGUAGUCUUAUAUGAUUUCACUUUUGAUCGUCUGCGAGCAGUCCGACAAGAUAUUAUAAUCCAAAGGAUUGAUACUCGAAUGAGCAUUUCCCUUUUUGAGCCCAUUGUGCGCUUUUACAUUUACUCAGAACAAAGACUCUGCGAAAGAGAUAUUAAAGAAUUCGAUCCCGUAAUUAAUAACAAACACCUAUUAGAAUGCAUCAAGCACUUGCUUGCCUUAUAUGAUGAACAGGAAAUCCGGGAAAGACAAAGUUAUUCAGACAUUUGCAAAGAAUUGGACAAUUGGUCCAUAACCGAUAAUCGGACAGAAAUGGAAACAAUUUAUAUUUUGUUACAUUUAGGAAAUCCUACAGCUAUAUCGAGAGGUUUAGAGCUUCCCUCAAUUUAUAGGUCUAAGAUGGUCAAGACUGCUCUAAAGAUAUCCCUUGCCUGGUAUUUAAGAAAUUAUGCCAGAGCCUGCCGAAUGAUCAGAUCUCUUCCGCCCUUGUUGACUUGUGCUGCAUUGUGUAACUUGAGGCAAAUUAGAAGAACAUCUCUACAAAUAAUGAGCUCAGGAUUUAACAGUAAAAACUUAACUUUCCCUGGACUCAAAUUACAAGAGCUUUUAUUAUAUAAUGACGUUAGUAAACUCAAGGCAGACUGUGAACUGUUUGGACUAAAUUUUACCAACGAAAAUGUACAGUUUGAAAAGUCUAAGUUCAAAGAGGAUGUAUCAUUGGCCACCCCAGAGGCAUUUUUCAAUGCUCGGGAAUUGCACAAACUGUUACCUGAAAUACUCCUGGAUAGUAAUUAAUGUUUCCAAACAAUUCUAUUGAAUAAUUAUAAGUGUUUAUUUUUAGUAAUAAAAGAAGACUUCUAAAAAAUGUUUCUAAUUUUUAAGUUAGUUUAAUUUAA